AUGCAUGCCACGUCGAGCGUAACCUCUACGCCGCCCGCGUACUCCCCACAGCCAGUGUUCUCCCCGCAGCCGGUGCUUCUUGAGGAGAAUUCUGAUCCUGAGGCGCUUUGCAAUCUUAUUGUAAACUAUUUACCUCCUCUCAUGGAUGAAGGACAGCUUUUCCAGCUUUUCUCUCAGUUUGGCCCGAUUGAAUCGAUUAAAAUAAUUUAUGAUCGCGACACUCAUGAAAGUCGAGGCUACGGCUUUGUACGGUUUCGUUUUUUCUUUUCUGCGACCUACGCGAUUUCUUGUUUGAAUCGCUUUCAAAUUGCGGGAAAGCGGCUGAAGGUGGCCUACGCGAAUGUUGCCUCGGCUAAGGAAAGUUUUAACACUUUAAAAGAUAGGUUAACACAGUUCACAACGGAGCAGAAAGUGUCGCUCCGGACGAUGUAUUAUAACCAAACGUUAAUGGCUGAACAACAACAACGAGAAAUAGGCUCAACAGAGGGUCAAAGUAAGGGAUUAAUUAGUAAUGACUCUCUUAGUAUUGUUGAAGGAGAAUGAAAAAGGUGUAAUAAAAAAAAUUGAGAUGAAUUCAGAGAAGGAUAAGGUGAGGAGAGAAAGGGAAACAUUUUUUAAAUAGGAAUGCCAAUCUCUAAUGGACAUUUCCAUAAUUGGUUUGUGGUACUUGAAGGUAUCUUUGCCUGUGUGGUUGAUAUGUCGUCAAUUGGAUUUCUUUAUUUACUGUGUGCGUUUAAGUCAGGUUGCAUUCAUAAGAUUUGCCAAUUCAUUCAUUUGAAUAUUUUUUUGGGUACUUUUCAUGUCUUUAUAAAAGUGAAAGCUUCUGUAUCGCAGUUUAUAAACGUAUGGAAUACUCUAUUUUCCUUUUAAGACUUAAGUACCCAAAUGGUGUUCUACUAAAACAAAAGAAAUGAUAAA